AUGCUUCCCUACCUCUUUCUAGCUGCCGCUCAGCUUUUCGCCUCAACAUCCGCCGCAAUAACCUACAAAGGCGUGGAUAUCUCUUCCCUCCUCAUCGAGGAAGGUAAAGGCAUUUCUUACAAGAACCUCGCUGGUACACCGGAAAAGCUGGAAACCAUCCUCUCAGCCAGCGGCAUCAACUCUGUUCGCCAGCGUGUCUGGGUGAAUCCCAGUGAUGGAUCAUACGACCUGGACUAUAACGUUAAGCUCGCAAAGAGAGUACAGGCGCAGGGCAUGACCACGUUUCUCGACCUGCAUUACAGUGAUACAUGGGCGGAUCCAAGUGCACAGAGCGCUCCCUCGGCCUGGUCCAAAACGGACAUCGGAGUCUUGGCUGGACAAGUGUACGACUAUACCCUGAAGGUAUGCAACACGUUUGCGGACAACAAGCUCGAUAUAGAGAUUGUCUCCAUCGGCAACGAAAUUCGGAGCGGCCUGGCAUGGCCCCUGGGCGGAACAAGCAGCUACAGCAACAUUGCACGGAUCCUGCACUCCGCCGCAUGGGGUGUGAAGGACUCCAAGCUGGCAACCACUCCCAAGAUCUUGAUCCACCUCGACAACGGCUGGGACUGGGGGGCUCAGUCGUGGUUCUAUAAGCAAGUUCUGGCAUCCGGGUCUGCGCUCCUCUCCACGGACUUCGACUACAUCGGCGUCUCUUAUUACCCCUUCUUCUCUGCGGAUGCGACGCUCGCUUCACUGAAGACGAGUCUUGCGAAUCUGCACUCGACGUACAAUAAGGAGACGCUGGUUGUUGAGACGAACUGGCCGGUUACUUGUCCUAAUCCCGCUACUGCAUUCCCGUCGGAUCUCAAGGAUAUUCCCUUUUCGGUUGCUGGGCAGCAGACUUUUCUUAACAGGCUUGGUGAUGCUGUCAAGUCUGUUGGUGGAUUGGGCAUUUAUUACUGGGAACCUGCUUGGGUUGAUAAUGCGGGACUUGGAAGCAGUUGUGAUGAUAACUUGUUCUUUUCUUGGUCGAAUGAUCAGGCCAGGGCUAGUCUGAAUACAUUGGGUAGUCUGUGA